AUGGCGGCACCAAAGUCCGCAUUAUGGCGCCAAGUCGGUGUGCUCUCGACUAAAAACUUCAUCAUACUUCUCGCCCGCCACCCCGUCUCAACUAUCUACACCGCAAUACUUUUACCAAUCAUACUCACAGUGUACCUCGGCAUUGGCAAGAAUCUCAACAGCCCAUCGAACGAGUUUGGAAUUGCAGAUCCUCGACCUAUAAGAUCACUAGCGGAAGGCCUGGCCGCUUCUGAUGGCUCUCGUAAUACUGUCGUUCUCGUCAAUAGCGGACUAUCAGGCGGUGAUGUAGACCGCGUAAUAGAGGCAAUCUCUGCUCAAGUUUCUGCAGCUGGAAAAAUUACAACAACGAUCACAAACCCUUCCGAUCUUGGCUCCAUUUGCCGCUCAUCUUUCCGUGCGACUACUACCUGCUACGGUGCCGUCGUUUUCCAUUCUUCCCCCACUGAGGGUGAUGGAGGCCUUUGGAAUUACACGUUGCGAGGGGAUGGAGUCAACAACGACGACAGUGAUGUUCAAGUGUAUACGCUCCCUCUUCAACAUGCCGUCGACUCUGCCAUUGCCAGUCUGAACUCGACAAAUGGUAGUUCAGCGUCUCUCAAGAAUACCUUCAUCGAUUAUCUGGCAGUCUCCUUUAUCCUAGCGCUGAUUGGCGUUAGCUACCAUCUGCCCGGUCACGUCGCAACUGAGAGAGAGAAGGGGCUCUCUCAACUCAUUGACUCAAUGAUGUCCACUCGCUAUGACUGGGAGCCCCAGGUCAUCCGCAUGUUGUCAAAUUUCUACUCUUUCGCCACAAUCUACUUCCCAGGCUGGGUCGUCGCAUCGGUCAUAGCGAGGAGCAUGAUAUGGAGAGAGACUAGCAUCGGUGUUGUUUUAGUCUUCUUCAUCUUGGGUGGCCUGGCUCUUACUUCGCAAGCCAUCCUCGGCGCGACUUUCUUCAAAAAGGCUCAGCUUUCCGGUGUCAUCAACUCUCUGGUCUAUGUCCUCCUGGGUGUUUUGGCACAGGGACUCCCUAACCCAAGCACUGGCGCCGUCGCCGUCUUGAGCCUUUUAUUCACCCCAUGCGCCUUCGUCUUCUUUGUGAGGUCCAUGGCGCGAUUUGAGGGCGAGGGACAACCGAUGAAUCUUCUCAAGACGCCACCAGGAAGCAAUUCUACCCUUCCAGGCAUUGCAAUCUGGAUCUUCCUGAUCCUGCAGUUCCUUUUCUACACACUGCUUGCCGCCUACGUCGAACGUCAAAUUCAUGGAGUCGGCUCCGAGCGUCGUAAAAUCUACAAGGGUGACGGUGUCCGGCCACAAGAAGCUAUAGUCAUUGACGGCUUGACCAAACUUUAUCGCCCGAGCUUUCUUCGACGGCUGUUCUCCUCCAUGUCUAAGCCUCGCGCUCCUACAGUGGCCAUUGAUCGUCUGAAUCUGACGACAAAGAGGGGCCAGAUCCUAGCACUUCUCGGUGCCAAUGGAAGUGGCAAGAGCACGACCCUCGAUGCCAUCGCUGGGAUUAGCCGGUUCAACCAUGGCGGUGUCUCCAUAGAUGCCUCCGGUGGAAUUGGUAUCGCGCCACAAAAGAACGUUCUUUGGGAUGAGCUCACCCAGUUGAUCGACUCGAUUGGCCUAUCCACAAAGCGAAAAUCCCAAUCACGACAUCUAUCUGGCGGACAAAAGCGCAAACUUCAGCUUGGCAUGAUGUUGACUGGUGGAAGUGCCGUCUGUUGCGUUGAUGAAGUGUCUUCUGGCAUUGACGCGCUCUCAAGGCGGAAGAUCUGGGACAUCCUUCUUUCGGAACGUGGCAAGAGGACUAUCAUUCUGACGACGCAUUUCCUCGACGAAGCCGACUUACUUGCCGAUAACAUUGCGAUACUAUCCAAGGGCAGCCUGAAGGCUGAAGGCUCGUCUGUAGCCCUGAAGAACGCUCUCGGAGACGGCUACCGUAUCCACGUCCUCAAUGCAAAGGAUUUGAGAGCUCCUCCAGAAGUACACGGCGCGACAUUAGCUGUGUCAUCAAAUACCAUCAUCUACACUGCUCCCUCAUCGAGCAUCGCCGCCGAUGUAAUCCGUCACCUUGAGACUCAAAGCAUUUCCUACCGCAUCUCCAGUCCGAAUAUUGAAGAUGUGUUCCUCAAUGUGGCCGAUGAGGUGCAAGGGGAGGAUCUUCAGCCCCUUAAUCAGGGGAGAGCCCAUGGGUCAGUCGACUCUGGCAAAGGUCUCACAGAAAAGUCUAUUGUUAAUGGUGGACAAGACUCGUUGGGGAUUCAAUCUGGCCGUCAGACGGGAAUUUUUGAGCAAAUCCCUACCCUGAUUCGCAAACGCUUCACAUUAUUCAAGACCAACUGGGUUCCAUACGCCAUCGUAUUUGUUGUUCCGAUCGUUGCAGCAGCAAUUAUGCAGCUCCUUAUCGCCGACGAGAGCCCUGCUAGCUGCGAUGUGGCAGACUUUAGUCAAGCUUCUGCAGAAGGCUUCGAUGACUACAGGAAGGCUUUUGACCGAGCUCUUAUCGCUGCUGGUCCUUCUUCCUCUUUCUCUAGCUCAUCAUUUGGCGACCUUUUUGGCUUCUUGCUUCCGGGACCCAAUAGCUCCACGAAUACCGAACUUGCGCAAAGUGCCACCUACGCCGACCUUACGCGAUACAUGGAAGACAAUCGCAAGAAUGUCACUCCAGGUGGUUUCUGGGUCGGCAGCCCAGACACGCCCUCAACAGUUGCCUACCGAGCAGAUAAUGAGGGAACAGGGGCAGUCCUCGCAGCGGUCAUUAUGCAGAACCUGCUCAGUAUCGUCAAAACAAAUAUCAGCAUUGCGACCACAUACACCCCAUUUGACAGCGUCAUCCCCUCCUCGACGUCAUCCACAGUUCAGUUGGCCAUCUUUUUCAGCAUCGUCUGCUCAAUCAUUCCAUCGUUCUUUGGACUGUAUCCCAACGCUGAGAGACACAGCCAUGCUCGUGGCUUGCAGUACUCCAGCGGAGUGCGGUCGCUAUCUACAUGGACGUCUCACCUCGUCUUCGACUUCGGAGUCUUCUUUCUACCUCUCCUGGUUGCAGCUAUCAUAUUCGUCGUCUCUUCGGGCAUCUGGUACGCCCCGGGCUACCUGUUCCCUGUGUUCUUGUUGUACGGCAUCACCUCGAUUCUGCUGUCUUAUGUCAUUUCGGUCUUCACCAAUAGCCAAGUUGCGACUUUUGCUGCAAUAAUGGCCUACAACAGUGUCGGUUUUGCGAUAUAUUUGAUCGCCUUUCUCUACAUCGUCACCUUUUCGCCGUCCACUGUUACAGAUCGCAAUAUUCUGAUAGGGCAUUACACUAUCUCGGCCUUCUUUCCCGUCACAUCCGUCUUCCGAGCCCUUCUCAUUGGUCUCAAUACCUUCUCGUUGGCAUGUUCCGCUACCGGUCUUGGAUAUCCAGGCGCAAUCAAGGCGUAUGGAGGUCCAAUCCUCUACCUCGUCCUGCAGGCGAUACUGCUAUUUGGCAUUCUUCUCUACCACGACACUGGGAACAAACUACCUGCGAUCUUCAAGCGCAGCAGGAACUCCAACGCCGGAGUUGAACAAGCACACGAAGACCCAGAGAUUGCCAGCGAGCUAUUACGGGUCGAGUCGACUACGAACAGCGACGGCCUUCAGGUCAAACAUCUGACGAAGAAGUUCGGUAGCUUCACAGCUGUUGACAAUGUCUCAUUCGGUGUUCGCCAUGGAGAAGUCUUCGCGCUUCUCGGUCCCAACGGUGCCGGAAAAUCGACAACCAUCUCACUCAUCCGGGGUGAUAUCCAACCUAGCCGUAAUGGCGGCGAUGUUUUCGUCGAGCAAGUCUCCGUCAUCAACCAGAGAGCACGAGCCAGGACAAAUCUCGGAGUGUGUCCACAAUUUGACGCAGUCGAGUCCAUGAGUGUUCUUGAACAUCUCCGCCAUUACGCCAGGCUGCGUGGAGUUGGCGAUGUUGAGAAGCAAGAAGCCGUUGUGCAUGCCGUCGGCCUCGAUGCCCAUGCCAACGUCAUGGCGCAACACUUAUCGGGGGCAACAAGCGUAAACUCUCCUCGGCAUCGCCCUCACAGGAACCCGCCUCGAUGCCGCUGCAAAGCGCAUCAUGUGGCGAACACUAAGCACAUUGUGCCAGGUCGCUCUAUACUUUUGACAACCCACAGCAUGGAAGAGGCUGAUGCACUUGCUGAUCGAGCUGGCAUUAUCGCACAACGCAUGUUAGCCAUUGGCGAAGUUGACCAGCUUCAAAGUCGCUUUGGAGACUCAUUAUAUGUUCAUCUGGUCAGUCGCACUGCUCCAUACUCGAAAUCGGAAGAGAUGGAUCGCAUGCGAGACUGGGUUCUACAGCAAUUUCCCUCAGCCCAAGUGGAGUCUCAAACAUUUCACGGCCAGUUGCGGUUCUCAGUCGCGGCAUCAGAUGUGCUGCAAAGAUCUCAGCUGAGCCAUCAGAGCAGAAGAGAGAUGCAGGGUGGGGAGAACGGCCAGUUGAGUGCAAUUGGUCAGCUUAUCGUGAUGUUAGAGGAGAACAAGGAUAUCUUGGGCAUCGAGCAUCAUAGUGUCAGUCCUACGACGCUCAACGACGUCUUCCUUUCCAUCGUUGGGCAGCAUGAUGUGCAAGAGGAGGGUUACGGAACAACUGCUACAUCUACUGAGAAUGGAAAGAAGAAGAUCAACUGGCGAAAGAUCUUACUCGGAUUCUAG